AUGGCUCUAACGGCGAUUUCUCCCUCUCCGCCUUCCACCAGCAACAAUGGCAAUUCACCUUCUAUUACUACGGACGUUGAUUACAGAAAAGGUGUGAAGUACCUAAUUGACAAUUCAAAGGACGACAUGAAAAUUCUGCCUCCCGAGUUUGUUUUGCCACUGCCAGAAGCCGAAAGGCCAUCUUUGGCGAUCUGUGGUUCCAUUCCAGUUAUAGAUUUGAGUGGCUUAAAUGGAACUGUUGAGCAAAGACUAGCAACUAUACAUGCCAUUAGUUCUGCCUGUGCAGAAUGGGGAUUCUUUAGGGUUACUAAUCAUGGUAUAAAGAUUUCUGUCAUGGAUGAAAUGCUUAAAGCUGUAGAAGAUUUUUUUAAUUUGCCAUUGGAAGAAAAAAUGAGAUAUGCAUCAGAAGAUGUGAUGGACCCAGUAAGAUACGGAACAAGCUUGAAUACAAGCCGAAAACAUGCUCUCCAUUGGAGGGACUUUCUGAGGCACUACGGCGGUCCAAUUCCGCAUAGCCAUCACCUUUGGCCAGAUAAUCCCCCUUGCUACAGGCGCAUUGCAAAGGAGUACCUAGAGGAGGUUUGGAAGCUUGCAAUAAAAAUAUUUGGUGCAAUAUCUGAAGGAUUAGGUCUUGAUACAAAGUACAUAGAAAGGUCACUUGGAGAAGGGACUCAAAUCAUAGCUGCAAAUUUUUAUCCACCAUGUCCUGAGCCUAACAAAACCUUAGGACUUGCUGCACAUUCUGAUCAUGGUGGUCUCACUAUUUUGAUGGACAAUGGCAUUCAUGGCUUGCAAAUUAAACACAAUCACACCUGGUUUUCCGUCCCUCAUGUCCCUGCCACUCUCGUCGUCAACCUCGGAGAUUAUUUGGAGAUACUGAGUAAUGGAAGGUACAAGAGCGUAGAGCAUCGAGCAGUAGUCAAUACAGAGAAGACGAGGAUCUCAGUAGCCGUGGGCCAUGGCCCAGAAAUGGCAGCUAUAGUUCAGCCUGCAGGCCAACUACUCAAAGAAAAUAGUGAAAGCAAGUAUCGGCCCAUUGUAUAUAAGGAGUAUAUUAGAGGCCAACAGAGCACUACCAAAAGAGGAAAGAGCGCGUUGGAUGAGAUUAUGACUUCCUUAAACAGCAAAUAGACAAUGAAAUUUGAGGAUCAGUCUUGUAGAGUGUUUUGUAUCUAUAAAAUUCGUCAUAACAAGUUUUACCUUGACUGUUACCUUAUUGCAAGUCUUCUUUAUUAUCCGGUUUUGGACUGUUUAUAUAUUCGAGUUAUUUA